UUUGUCAUGAAAGCCCAUUUUCUCUUUUAAAUCCUAUGUGAACCCCUUUUCCAUACGAAGAAGAUGCUAACAACUGUCAUCUGAUACUGAUAUGUUGAGAUGAACUUUAAUAGCAAAUACUCAAACCCCCACUGUUGCAUAACCAAGAAAAAUGCUAUCACCACACUCUCUGCAACUCUCGACGCUCCAUUCUUCUUCUUUUACCCAUAGCGUUUCUCUAAUUUACAAUCCCACCCCUUCUCUUCCAUGGCAUCCAAUGAAAUAUUCUCCAACACAGGUAUCCUGUGUUUCCACCCGACCCAAAAAGAGACCGGUUCCAACCGACGACAAAUCGGAGGCACAAGAGCUAGUUCGGGUCCUUGUGAGGAGUUUCAGUGACAAACAACCUUUGGUCAAGACACUUAAUAAGUAUGUUAAAGUCAUGAGGACUGAGCACUGCUUUAUGCUGUUUGAAGAACUUGGCAAGACUGACAAUUGGCUUCAAUGCCUCGAGGUGUUCAGAUGGAUGCAAAAACAACGGUGGUAUGUGGCGGAUAAUGGUUGUUAUUCGAAGUUGAUAUCAGUUAUGGGAAAGAAAGGUCAAACCCGGAUGGCAAUGUGGCUCUUUUCGGAGAUGCGUAACAGUGGAUGCAGGCCAGAUACUUCAGUCUACAAUGCACUCAUCACAGCCCACCUUCACUCCAAAGAUAAAGCUAAGGCUUUGACUAAAGCUCUUGCAUACUUUGAGAAGAUGAAAGGUAUUGAACGGUGCCAACCCAAUGUUGUGACAUAUAAUAUUCUUUUGAGAGCGUUUGCCCAAGCUCGAAAUGUAAAUCAAGUCAAUGCUUUAUUUAAAGAUCUUGAGGAGAGCAUUGUUUCACCUGAUAUCUAUACAUAUAAUGGUGUGUUGGAUGCAUAUGGGAAGAAUGGGAUGAUCAGAGAAAUGGAAUCUGUACUUUCUCGCAUGAAAAUUGAUCAAUGCAAGCCUGAUAUUAUUACUUUUAAUUUGCUGAUUGAUUCAUAUGGGAAGAAGCAAGAUUUUGAGAAGAUGGAACAAGUUUUUAAGAGUUUACUAAGGUCCAAGGAGAAACCAACUUUGCCUACAUUCAAUUCUAUGAUAGUAAAUUAUGGGAAGGCACGGUUGAAAGAUAAAGCGGAGAGUGUUUUCAAGAAGAUGGCUGAUAUGAGAUACACACCAAGCUUCAUCACAUUUGAAAGUCUCAUCAUGAUGUAUGGAAUUUGUGACUGUGUUUCUAAGGCCAGAGAUAUAUUUGAUGAUAUGGUUGCAUCAGGAAAGGUGGUCAAAGUUUCAACGUUAAAUGCUGUGCUUAAUGUUUAUUGUAUGAAUGGUUUGCAUAUGGAAGCGCAUAUACUCCUUGAAAAUGCACGUAGUAGUGGGGUGCCUCCAAAUUCAUCCACGUAUAAACUUCUUUACAGGGCCUACACCAAAGCUAAAAUGAAGGAGCUUGUGCAGAAGUUGCUAAAGCAUAUGGACAAAGAUGGUAUCAUCCCUAAUAAGAGAUUCUUUGUGGAUGCUUUGGGAGCUUCCAAAUCUUCAGGGGCCAGUUCGGAAUCUACCAUUCCUCUCAAAGUUUCAAACAGUCCACAGAACGUUGCCAAGACUUUGGAAGAAUGAUUGGUAGUUUGCUUUAUGGUUUCUUCUUAUCUUUUCCAAUUCAGAAGGAUUUGUAAAGUUUGUAUCACAAAGGAACAGUUGGCUACUUAGCCCCUGGCAGCUCGGUAUGUAUUUAUCACCCUUUAAUUAGCCUCCUGAUCAUAUUUUCUAUCCUUCAUGGCUUCAUGCUUUGUUUCUUGAAAAGCAACAUCCUUCCGCUAUCUUUACUUUUAUCUUGAAAUUCAAUAUGUCCCAAAAUAUCUUGAAUGCAGUACUUGUUGCACCAGCUCUUUUUGUGGAGCUUCUCUGUCUGCAUUUCAAUUUAGAGUUCACAUAUUCUGUGUAGGCAAUCCCGACAAAGCAGGGUUUCAGUACUUUAACUGCUGGUGUUAAAACAUCUGCAUUCUUUAUGGAUAAAGAAAUUGUCCUUAUGGCCAAACCUAACUGCUUGUUUC